AUGGCGGCCAUGUACGCUUUCACUGCUUUCCUCGGGUUGGUGCUGUGUACUACCGGACGUAUAUCACAGAAAUUAUAUUAUGGUAACGAAAAAUGCGACGGUUAUGAUAAAUACGGAGGCUAUCCUGGUUUCGGACCACAAGGAGGCUACCCUGGUUUCGGACCACAAGGAGGCUAUCCUGGUUUCGGACCACAAGGAGGCUACCCUGGUUUUGGACCACAAGGGGGCUAUCCAGGUUUCGGACUACCAGGAGGCUACCCUGGUUUAGGACAACAAUGUGGCAACCCCAUGCCCGGAUCACAAGGAGGUUUUCCUGGUCCAAUACCACAACCAGUCUACCCUGGUCCAAUACCACCAGGAGGUAACCCUAUUCCUGUCGGACCACAAGGAGUCAACCCCGGUCCAAUACCACAAGGAGGCUACCCUAUUCCUAUUCCAGGCCCUCAAGGUGGAGCACCUGAAUGCGAUGCCCUAGGUGAACUGGAAGUAAGAGGUGGGCCUUUCGGACCGGCUGGCCCAUUGGGUAGCCAAAGUGGAUUCGACUUGCCAGGUGGACAAGGUGGAGCAAAGCGAGAAAACGCUCAGAUGGAUUUCAGAGAGGACUUGAAAAACAAAGCAGAUGGUCAUGACCACAAGGCCACAGCCUGA